CUCCCGUCGGCGAUGUCCGCGAGGGGCAUGGAGUUGGCCGGAACCUAUAAAAGCCCCUGACGAGAACCGGAGCGCUGCCACCACCACCACCGGGCAAGCCGAGCGAGAGCGCGCAGCACCACCGCCAACCCCAGCGCCGCGGAGCCAUCACCAUGUCCCGUCACUGGGGCUACGGCAAGGACAACGGACCUUCUACCUGGCAUGAGGUAUUCCCUAUUGCCAAUGGAGAUCGCCAGUCACCGAUUGACAUUCAGACCAAGUCUGCUAAGUACGAUUCCUCACUGAAGCCACUGAGCAUCACUUAUGACCCAUCUACAGCCAAAAACAUAGUCAACAAUGGCCACUCUUUCAAUGUGGAGUUUGAAGACUUGGCUGAUAAAUGUGUGCUGAAAGGGGGCCCACUUGAAGGAACUUACAGGCUGAUUCAAUUCCACAUUCACUGGGGAUCCCGUGAAGGUCAAGGAUCUGAGCACACAGUGGAUGGUGUGAAAUACGAUGCAGAGCUUCAUUUGGUUCACUGGAACACAAAGUACGGUAAAUUUGCAGAAGCUGUGAAGCAUCCUGAUGGCUUGGCUGUCUUGGGUGUGUUUUUGAAGGUAGGAAGCACCUGUCCUGGAAUACAGAAAGUUGUUGAUUCCCUGAGCUCCAUUAAACACAAGGGCAAACAGGCUGCCUUCACAAACUUUGAUCCCGCAUGUCUACUUCCUGCCUCCCACGAUUUCUGGACUUACCUCGGAUCUCUGACUACUCCUCCUCUGCUUGAAUGCGUCAUCUGGAUUGUUCUGAAGCAGCCUGUAACCGUCAGCAAGGAACAGAUUGACAAACUCCGUUCCCUUUCCUUCUAUGAUGAGAAUGAGCCACCAUGUCCCAUGGUUGACAACUGGCGCCCGUGCCAGCCACAGAAGGGCAGAGAAGUUAGAGCCUCAUUCCAAUAAGCUGUGCCCAUUAAACGUUGCCGUGUCCUUGAGGGAUGAGUUCUUUCUGCUAAGCACAAAUCCAGCUACUGCCAUACAUGCACUGGCAACAUCUCUUUUUUCCCCUAGUGCUCUCUUUUCUACCUAUCAUCCUCUGUAGUUCUAACUAAUGAAAUGUGAAGGGCCACAGGCCUAGAGGAAAGCAUAUUUGCUGCAGGGUGGGUAUGUAUGUAGCGUGCAGUGUGUGUGCAGGGUACGAAUAGAAACAUGGUGUGAUGCUUGACAAGAAUUACUGUGCAAUUGCUGCUGAUGCUAUCAUAGGAUUUCUUCCUGUGGCCAUUAGUUAAGGGGCAUGAUGAAAAGUAACAUAAAAAAUAAGCCAUUUCUUUUUUGAAGAAAAUAACCUCAUAGAGCAUAUGAGGUUACUUGUACUCAGUAACUUGAAUCUUUUGUAAAAGCACAGGAAUGCAGUCUAAUACAGAUAUUUUACAUCUGAUUUGGGACAUUACCUUCUGUCAACCUUCUAUUAUCAUAGGCAUUAAAAUACGAAAGUAAUAUUGAACAUUAAAUGUCUUAGCUUUUAAAAAGUUUGAAGUGUAAAUAUUUUUUCCUUUUCAUCCAUACAUUUUAAUCAUGUCUUAAU